UAUUUGGCCCUAAUUCUUAAUAAAUACAUGUCUUUAUAUAGAAUUUAAAGUCUAAAAAAGGUUUCUUUCAGAAUGGAAAAGUAGAAGCUGAAAGAGGGAAAACUCUCUCGGUUCUCGCAGCCAUGGCGUCUGAGCUCCAUGAAGCCAUUUUUAUGGCCAAGCAAGAGCGACACAAGAAUCUCUUCCUGAACUACAGAAACCUCAACAAUUUCCCCGUGGAGCUCCUCAAAGAUGAAGGGAUGCAGUUCCUGGAGCGUCUCUUCAUGAAGAGGAACUCCCUCACAGCUCUUCCAGACAGUCUGGCUCAGAAACUUCCCAACCUGAUAGAAUUAUACCUGCACUCAAACAAUAUUGCGAUAAUUCCUCAAGCAAUUGGCAACUUAGUGAAGCUGCAGUCAUUGGACCUGAGUGACAACGCUCUUCAGGUCAUCUGUCCAGAGAUUGGUCAGCUGCGCUCAUUACGACAUCUGCGAUUGGCCAACAAUCAACUGAAAUUUCUCCCGCAAGAUCUGGGGCGCUCCAUGGAGCUGCAGUUUGUCUUUGUGGACAACAACGCUCAUCUGAAGGGACUCCCGUCGUAUCUUUAUAACAAAGUCAUCGGCUGCAGUGGAUGUGGUCUAGCUGCGCAGAUCUCUGACGUGAAGCAGCUCUGUUUGACACUGGGAGAUAUGACUGUUCCUCUGCCCUCUGAAGUGAAGGCCAUCGGCUCUGAGACUGACCAUGUGUUGCCUCUGGAAGAGCUGGCGUGCAGAGUCCUACAUGCCGCCAACAACAGGACCAGUAAGGAUGUGAAGUUCCUGACACCAUUCCUGUUGCCCAGGAGUCUGCUAGAUGUGGUCCAGUGGCCUCUGGGUCAUUGUCACCGCUGCAGUCAGCCCAUGUUCACCAUCGUCUACCCUAAACUGUUUCCUCUCAGAGAGACUGCACUCGCAGGAGUGCACAAGAGAGCCACUGUAAGUUUUGUAGCGUACUGCUGUUCAAGCCAUUGUCUGAGGACGUUUAACCUGCAGGGCUGACAUCUCACACACGCUAACGAAGGACUUGAAGAAUAUCACAGGAGACUUUAUGAAGAACUGAUACAGUACCUGUCUGAGCUUCAGAAACAUUUAACAGCCCACUGUCCUGAAGAUCUUCACGAUCUUCUUCUGUGUGUAGCAUCUUUUAACAAAAAGAAUGUGACAAAGUGUUUUUCAAUCAAUUGCCUGUACAAACAAUAAAAUAUUGUUUGAGUUGGGAUUAUUACAGUUUAUUGUAACCAAAACAUUUGUUCUGUGUUUUAAUGAUUGGCAACUUGAUGUACUGAAAACUGAUGAGUUUUAGGUGAGAAAUUGAUUUUUUUUGUUUCCAUUUGAAAGGAAAAUAGAAUUGUUUUUCGAGAUCCCUUUAAUGAAAAUAUUACUGAAAUGUCAUGUUUCUUUAAAAAAGUACUACGAGUUCGUAUCUCACUGUUGUUUUUAACCAUGAUACAAUACGUUAAAAGUGGCUUUUUACAGAUAAACGUGUGUAUUUCAAUCCGAGGCUCAUUAACAAGUGUGUGUCUGCUGUUGAAAGUGACCAGCACUCAUUAGCUUAAAGAAAAUCAGGUGUGUUGAUCAUAUGUUAUGACUUUUGAAUGUGAAAAACAUGCAGUUGAUUGUUCUCAUUGAAGGCAGCUUCAAGGGAUUGUUGGAUUAUUGUGUGAGAUAAUAUUUUCAAAAGACUGAGACACGUGAAUAGUGGAGAUUUGAAGAUACCACACUACAUCUGUGUCAGUGUGCCAUCAUUGUUCAGCUUUCAGUAUUUAGAAUAUUUUUUGUCCCUUUAAUCUGAUGUGAGCAAGAGGAUGACUUUGAGUUAAUGUGUCGAUGUUACUGUUACAGUUGACAUAAAGCAGCCAGGUCUUCUAGGACAAGUUCAGCUGAACUUUUUACAUGUUACAAUGUUCUUAUUGUUUCAUUGGCACUUAUAACUGGAUAACUGAGCUGAAUGUUUUGCAAUAAUAACAAUGUUUAAAACAUAUUGUAUUGUUAUUUCAAAUGUGUGCUUAAGUGAAAUGUAAUUCAUAUUGAGCUAUUUUGAAUUAAAUGUAGCUGUCUUUACAUUGUGAAGCUGCUUCUGGUGCAUCAUAAAUACACAGAAUCACAACAUUG